AUGAGGCCAAUACUCAUCAGUUGCCACACAAGACCUGUGAUCGCUGUUAAAUUCAAUAAAGACGGCGACCUUUUCUUUACAGGAAGCUUUGAUGGAAAAGUCUCAGUAUUUUGGUCCGAGCCAGUUGAAAGAUUAGGUACAUUUGCCUGCGAUGGAGCAGUAAAAACAAUGACAGUCACAGAAGACUCAAAAUAUAUCGUUAUAGGCACAGCAAUCAAUGGCAUUUUCAUUUUUGAAGUAGAAACAGGCACUAAAGUAUCCUCAUAAGCAAGAUUAUCACUUGCUGCUUAUAUAAUUGAAAAAUGAGCACAUUUAGUCUAAAUUGGUAUAAAAACAAUAGAAUUUUCAUCAAAAAUCCAUGUGAGAGAUGUUGAGUUCGCAAUGGGCAGCCAACAAUUCUUCAUGAUUAGCUAUGAAAGUGAUGAAAAGAAGCAAUCAGUGGUUUAUAUUUAUGAUUUUGAAUCCGUGCUUAACAGAGAACAGCCUUCAAGGCGUGAUUUGGUCAGAAGAGACCGAGAUCACUACUAUCGAGGAGUUUGGGGAUAUCUUAACAAGACUAUUGUCCUUGGAACGCAGAAUGGAAUUAUUGACGUUGUUGACACAAAGACAGGUGAACUUUUAUUAAGCCACCGUGCCCAUGUAAAUCAGAUUACAAGUCUAGCUUUUUCGCCAGACUUUAGCAUGCUAAUCACUGCCUCAAGAGAUUGUUUUGCAAAGCUCCUUGACCCAGAAACAUUAAAAGAAAUAAGAGUUUUUAAUGCUCAAAGGCCAUUGAACAGCGCUGUGAUUUCUCCAUUAAUGCUAAAUGAAGGAAGUCCUAAAUAUCAUUGCUUGGUAGCUGGAGGUCAAGAAGCAAGAGAUGUCACCACAACAGCGACAGAUCAAGGAGGCUUUGAAAUCACAUUUUAUAAUAUGAUCUUUGAAAGAGAAAUCGGAAGUGUAAGAGGCCAUUUCGGACCUGUCCACUCUGUUGCUGUCCACCCUAGAGGUCACAUGUUCGUGACUGGAUCUGAAGAUGGUACUGCAAGAGUGCAUAUCCUUGACCAGGAUUAUUUCACUCCAGCUUAUGAUUAA